UUUCUCCCAUCAAACUUCAAUCUCCUCCUCUCUGAAACUCUAGACUCUAGAAUCUACACUCUAUACUCUAGUACUACUGUACUUGCUUUCUCCCCGCCUCUAAAAACCAGAGGGGACAGCCGAGCCAGUGAGAAUCUUUUUAGAGCAGAGAGAUGUGGAAUUUGUGAAGAGAAGGAAAGUAAUUGGUUGUCAAGUUCGGGUUCAUGGCGGAAUUAAGUAAUUUUGCAGGAAAAACUAGAGUGGGAACCCUAAAUAUGUCUACUACUAGUACUGCAGCAGCAACAAUAACAAGAAGUAGUAGUGUGUUAUUUAAUGGAGAGUUAUUAGGUUAUUGUUCUUCUUCCAAUCAGAAGAAAAGAAAAUUAAUCAUCAUAAAACCGGAAUUAAUGGUGUCUUCUCCGGCGCUAUCAUUAUCAACAAAUAAGUGUGUUCAUACUGUAAUGUCAUGCUCAGUAAGUUGUAUAAAUAACAGAUCAUGUGAUUUGGUUACCGGUGAAAAAAGAAAUCUGAUGUUGCGAGAUUUUGUGGAGGGAGAAAAACAAGAGGGAUUUGAAUUUGAAAAUAACCCUCUGAUUAUUAAUCAUCAAAGUGAUUCUGAAAGUAAAGGUCUGGAAAUGAGUUCUGAAGCUAAUUCUAAGAGUAGGAAAUUAUCUGAUGAGAAGAUGCCAACAGAAACAGAGAUUAAAGAUUUCUUUUCUGCAUUUGAGAAGCAGGAACACAAGCGAUUUUUAGAAAAGUAUAAUUAUGAUAUCACGAAGGAUGUUCCUUUGGAGGGUCGUUAUGAAUGGAUUUCUUUAAAGCCAUGAAGAAAAUUGAAGAAGAUGAAGAAAGAUCAGAAACUAAUUGAAAUAAUUUGUUAUUAAUCUUACCCAUAUUUUUAAUUUCAUGGUCAUAAAAAUUAGUAUUUAGGAUGUAAAAAACUGUUUAUUUAUUUGUCCUUCUUCUUCUCUGUUAGUUUCUAGGGUCAUCUUUCUUUAGUUAUCUCUGUGUAAGGAAGGAAUCUCUGUUUAAUUUUGGUUUAGGGGGUGGUAUACGGAAGAACAGAAUCUCUUUUUCUGGAACAUCUCAAUUUGAGGAAUGAAAAUAAAGACGCUCAUUAAUUUUUAGUCUUUUCUC